AUGUCUGAAGAACAGAUCAAUAAAGCAGUAAAUACAUUAAAAGAUUCCAGAAACUACACACCUUUAAUAUCAAUAGUAACUACGUAUGUUACUGAGAUAUUAGAGGUAGAUAAAAAUGCACAAUAUAAUAAGAAAAUUUGUGGCGCAUUAAUCGAGCGAGUGAGAUCUGUUGAAUUUGGAAUUAAAAUAUUGUUGCGUAGAAAACCAGAGAUUGAAGAAAACUUUAAAAAGGACAAUUAUAUUGAUGAUUUUGAAGAGUUUGCAAAAACUAUGAUAGAAAUUAAAAAGUUCGUUGCAGAAAUCACACAGUUCCAAAAGUUUAGAUUUCUUAGGGCAGAUACAAUUAAAGAAAACUUUUUGGAAUUGACAAAGAGAUUUGAUACCUAUAUGAGCAAGUUAGACUUUACUAUAAUAACUGAUAAAGAAAAACUAAAACAAAUAGAUGAUGAAAAUUUAAAGGAAGACUUGAAUGAAAUGACUGAGUUUCUUAAACGUAUCGAAAGUUAUCAAGAGUAUCAGGAAAUAGCAAUAUCAACUGAAAUACCUAAAAUAUUACCAAUUCAUUUGCAAAAUCCAGAUAAUAACCUUAAAGUAGUUAGAAAUCAUAAAAGAAUAUUAUUGCCGGACAAACGAGAAGUAACCAAUGAGCUGGAACCUAAACUAGCAAACUUUCAAUUUGCAAGAAUGAAAGAUGAUGUAACAACUUUUAUUAAUCAGGAUCGGGAAAGUUUGCGCUGGAUGGCUCCUGAAAAAAUGUUAGAUUACGAAAAAGAAAAUAUUGUUCGAUAUACCUACCAAUGUGAAUUAUUCAGCUUCGGUAUGCUAUUAUGGGAACUGGCAUUUGAGAAGACUCCUUAUGAGAACAAGAAGUUAGAUUACGUAAUUUCUCAUGUCACCAAUGAAGGGAGGGAAGAAAUUCCUGCUUAUUUAUCAGAUAAAUCAGAAGAUUACGAAAUUUAUCAAGAAUUUGUAAGAAUUAUUAAAAGCGGUAGAAUUAUCGAAUUUGAAAGAAAAAUGUUAUAUACCAGACAGGCAUAUCAUGCCAUUACCUUUAAAAAAACAGCAAUCGAAUUGAUUUCUAUAGAAUAUACAAUUAUGGUAAUUGAUGAAGGAAUUAAUGGAAAUAUUCAGAUAAAUUGA